CUGUUGAACCUCAUGAGAUCACAGAGGUAGCUGUGCAGGCCCCACCCACUUCCAUUAACCCUGGUUCUGGCUGUCCCUGUGCCAAGCCUCCAAGUGCCCUGAGAGCUACCUGCCAGGGGUCGGGGGGCUAUGGGAGCUCAGGGCAGGCACCUCCCAUGCUCCCGCGGGAGCCACCAGGACAUGAAGGUCAUAGGCCUCUCCUCUCCUCCUCUUCCUGUUUGACCUGAAUGCCCCCAGGCCAACUGCCUCAAGGAUUCCAUCUGAGAAGCUGCAGGCUGGGCCUCAGGUGGGUGGCAGGCCCUUUCCUGCUUGCCCCCUGCCCUCCCUCUAACUGGCCCUGCCCAGCCUCUGCCAAUCUGUGUGCCUCCCAGGAGCCGGGACACUCCCUGAGUCCUCUGGGAGCCCUUAAGCCACACUGAGAACGCAGACCCUGGGAGAAGCAGCCAGCAGUGAGGAACCCUGGAACCCCUUCCCAGGGAGAGCCUUCCCAUGAUCCCCAUGAAGAGAUCAGUGCAAACACAGGUGUCAGAGCCCUUCAUGGAGUCCUGGGGUGAGGAGUCCCUGCCGGAGCUACCCGCAGAGCAGUCCCUGACAGAGCACUCUGACCUCGAGGAGGCUCCCUCGGCGCACACUCUCUAUGUGGGCCAUCUGAACCCCCAGUUCUCAGUGCCGGUGCUUGCCUGCCUGCUGCGAGACACCCUGGAGCGGCUGGAGAUGCCGGUGGCGCGGGAGCACAUUGAAGUGGUGAGGCGGCGGCGGAAGGCCUAUGCACUGGUGCAGGUGACUGCCCGCAGGGACACCCUGGCCUCCCUCCCCUGGCGCCUGCAGACGGCCCUGGAGGAGCACCUAAUCCUCAAGGAGCUGGCAGCCCGUGGGAAGGAGCUGCUAUUGAGUGAGGCCCAAGGGCCCUUCAGCCACAGAGAGGAGGAGGAGGAAGAGGACAGUGGCCUGAGGCCCAGCCCCAGCCCAGGCUCUGGUGUCCCGCUGCCCACCUGGCCUACACACACGCUGCCUGAUAGGCCCCAGGCCCGGCAGCUGCAGAGCUGCCAGGGCCGGCCCAGUGGCGUGUGCUCCGACAGUGCCAUUGUGCACCAGGAGAUCGUGGGCAAGGACAAGCUCUUCCAGGGUGCCUUCCUGGGCAGCGAGACCCGCAAUAUGGAGUUCAAGCGGGGUAGCGGCGAGUACCUCAGCCUGGCCUUCAAGCACCACGUGCGGCGCUACGUGUGCGCCUUCCUCAACAGCGAGGGCGGCAGCCUGCUCGUGGGAGUAGGGGACAGCGGCCUGGUGCAGGGCAUCCGCUGCAGCCACCGUGACGAGGACCGCGCACGCCUGCUGGUGGACUCCAUCCUGCAGGGCUUCAAGCCUCAGAUCUUUCCCGAUGCCUACACUCUCACCUUCAUCCCUGUGAUCAGUACCUCGGAGACCAGCGGCCCCCUCAAGGUGAUCCGCCUGACCGUGCACACCCCCAAGGCCCAGAGCCAGCCGCAACUCUACCAGACAGACCAGGGGGAGGUGUUUCUGCGGCGCGACGGGAGCAUCCAGGGCCCGCUGUCCGCCAGCGCCAUCCAGGAGUGGUGCAGGCAGUUCGGCCCCAGGUGGAGGAUGGACAGGCCCAAGACCAGGCGGGCUUGGCCACAUGCUUUUCCCACGUCCCCUCAGAGGUGGCUGGUGGAGCUGGGCAAGCUGGAAGAGAGGGUGGAGGCGCUGACGAUGGAGAAGGAGAAGCUCCAGCAGCAGCUGCAGCAGCACGGGCCUGUGUCCUGCACCUGCUGUGUCCUGUGAGGGCGCUGGGGAGCAGGCAGGACGGCACGGCGCUCUCCACCCGAGACCCAGGGAUUUCCUGGUUGAGCCUAAGGCGGACCAGUAAAGCCCAUGCGGGCCGUUGACAGGCGGACAGGGGCUCCCUCAACAUGGCACAUGAGCAGGCGCCCAUGUGGCUUCAACCCUGACAGACCCGUCUGUGUAGCCAAGAAAUUGCUCUCGGCCCUGUCCCCAAACGACUUUACUUUCAGAAAGAAUGUGUAAAACCCUGCCCAGAGCUCCCCUAGGGCUGAGCUAUAAGGGAUUGUCCUUCUCCCUAAAAUGCUCAUUUGGCCCAGGCUGAGGUCUGUGACUCCAGUUGGCCAGACCGUGCCAGAAAGGAAUCUGUCAUCUCAGGAAAGCUCCUCACAGAUGGUGAGGCAUAUUUGGUGACUGUGGUUACAGGGCAAGAGGCCACCCUGCAGCCCCCACCCCUGACUUGCUGAACUUGUGACUGUCAAAGCUCCAUUAAUAAAUUACAUGCACCUG